AUUCCCUCCCAAUUCCACUCUCAUAAUUUCUGUCUUUCUGACAUUCUUAAUUUUAGGGCAAGAUGUCCAUGGAGCCUUGGAGAAUCCCAUGGUGGAUACAAGUAUGUUGGAAGAAUUCAUCAGUAGUGACGCAGAGUUUGGAACUUUGCAGAGCCAGUUGCCAGACUCCCCACCGGACUCUGGAUCGGAACCGUGUUCUCCGCCACAGCUCCAGACCCUGUGGUGUGACGCUACGUGGCCCGGUGGGCUGCAGCCUCCGCUCCCCUGCCCAUCUGCUGGGGUACCCAGCAAGCUUCCCUGCAGGUUCAUGGAGACUUAUUCCGAUCCCGGUGCCGGUGGGCAUCCCUGCACCAUCCCCCCGGGCUGCUGCCUGAAGACAGAAAGUGCUGUGACUCCUUGGAAUAAUUCUACAGCCCCCAGCUGUUUGGGGUUUAAUUAUUCAUCCUUUCAGCCAAAUGCAUCUCAGAUUUCUGGUAUUUCUGCAGCAUCAGGCAAAAAAAGGAAGCUCUCACAAUUACUGGGAGAUGCCCCUGAUUCUCCAGUCCAGUCUCAGGACUCCAGGCAAGAAAGCAUUAACCAGUCAACCAGAUGUAGCGAUGAAUGCGUUUGCUAUUGGAAAACUGUGCCUCCUGCUCUGGAAUGAAGUACCUGUUGCACAACUGUUAAGGACUUUGCAGCUGAAGUGCAAGAAUAUGACAGUGACGGGCAGAAUGCAGCUUUGGAAAAAUGCUGUCAAGCUCUAACAUGGCAACCAUAUCAAAUUUCUCAGUGGAACAGCUUAUUUAACUCUAAUUAUGAAAAACUACCUGCUGUAGGAUAUCACAUUGUCACAGAUAAAGGAUUUAAUUUUUCAACAACAGAUGAUGCCUUUGUGUGCCAGAAGAAGAAUCACUUCCAAAUCACAGUCCAUAUUAGAAUCACUGGACAUCCAAAAUAUGUCAAAACUCAGCUGGGGGGGAAACCAAUAGAAAAGUUUUACUUGAAAGCUUUUGGAAUAAAGGUGGAAGCUCCAAAUCAAACAAUUGCUAUUGAACAGUCUCAGUCAGAUCGAAGCAAAAAAACUUUCCAUCCUGUUAAAGUUGAUCUGCCAGGGGACCAGAUAACUAAAGUAACACUGGGAAGGUUGCAUUUCAGUGAAACAACAGCAAAUAAUAUGAGAAAAAAGGGGAAACCUAAUCCUGACCAGAGAUACUUCAUGCUGGUAGUCGGACUGUAUGCUGUCUCUCAGGACCAAUUCUACUUGCUGUCUGCAAAUGUCUCUGAAAAGAUCAUUGUGAGGGCAUCUAACCCAGGGCAGUUUGAGAAUGACAGUGAUGUACUGUGGCAGCGAGGACAUGUUCCAGAGACAAUAGUCUAUCAUGGUCGAGUAGGAAUUAACACAGAUGCACCAGACGAAGCACUGGUUGUCUGCGGAAAUGCAAAAGUUAUGGGCAGAGUCAUGCAUCCAUCUGACAGCCGAGCAAAACAGAAUAUCCGGGAGGUUGAUACGACUGAGCAGUUGAGAAGAAUAACACAAAUGAGGCUGGUGGAGUAUGACUACAAGCCUGAAUUUGCAUCUGUUAUGGGAAUAAAAAAUACCCAUGAAACAGGAAUAAUAGCCCAGGAAGUGAAGGAGCUUUUACCUCAAGCUGUUAGAGAAGUUGGAGAUGUUGCUUGUAAUGACGGAGAAAAAAUAGAGAACUUCCUCAUGGUUGACAAGGAUCAGAUCUUUAUGGAGAACGUUGGUGCUGUAAAGCAGCUUUGUAAACUAACCAACAAUCUCGAAGUCAGAAUAGAAGAAUUGGAACAGUGGAACAGGAAACUGGCCAGGCUGAAACGGAUGAGUAGUUUAAAGUCAACAGUCAGUGAAGAGAGCAAAGUCAGCAGGUAUAGUCGAGCUACUAGUCUUUUGCCAUCAAAAAAAUCAGUCCCACUGAAAUCCAGCAAGGUUUGUUUGUCAAAGACGAAAGAGUCUUGCUCCGUGAAGAUGUUCCGGGUGACCAUAAUAACUUUGAUUGCUAUUAUGGCACUAUGUGCUUUGACAAUAUCAACCCUAUAUUUACUUAGCAUUCAUGACAGACGUUUUGAAAAUCAUCCGAUUUACAGCAGUACCUCAAGUUCUGUUCUACUCUCUCCCUCUGCCACUACAGCAGCAUUGCAGGGGGAAAGCACAAUUUCUCAGAGCACGCAACCCAUCAGCAAGAUCCCUGAAGUGAAUUUCUGUGACAUUUUGCCUUGUGACAAGGUCUAUUGUUGUCCAAUUCAUCAUCCAAAAGUCAGAUCUCUAAGUUAUAAGAAAACCAAUGCAAAAGAGAAACGAAACACAAGUGACAUGUUACCUGAACGAGAUCCAGUCAAAAAAUCUAAUGGAAGACCUGAUCUUGGAAAUGACUGGAUUGAUACAACAAUCAGUUCUAUACAGAUUUUGGAAACUCAGCAAAUCAUUGACAAUCGCUAUUGCAGUAAAAAUCUACAGUGCAGGUCCGGAAAUUACAGCUAUGUUAUUCCUGUUAACAAAUACACACCCAUGGAUGUAGAAAUCUCACUAGAAAUAAACACCACAGAACCAUUAAUUAUAUUUCUCUGCAAAGUCACAUUUGGAAAUUAUUGCUCCUAUUAUUCUUCAAGCCAAAACAGUAGGAAGGAUUUCCUAGAAACCACACAGGGACGUCAGCAUAUUUGGACUCUCCCUGUAGCUAAACUGUAUGACAGCGCAUACUAUUUCCGUGUAGCUGCACCGGGUUUUGCAGGCUGCUCGACAGAUCCUUAUUUUGCUGGAAUGUUUUUUACUGACUACUACUUCUAUUUUUAUCGGCAGUGUAACUAAAAUGUCGCUGAUCAUUCUGUUCUUUGGGGAAAAGACAAGGAAGCUCUUGAUAUGAAAAAGAGACUUGUGAAUGGCCCUGGAUAUUUUUUUAAACCUCUUGCUGAGUUGUAUGGCACUUUCUUUUUUGUUUCACUUUUAAAUUAAAAAGAAAAGGAGAAAAAUGAAGUGUUUGACAACAACCAUAGCUCUGCAUUUCCAGGAACUGUUUCUAAAAGGAUGUGAGGCAAUGGAGUAUAUGAUGUGUAAAUAAAUAAUCCCAUUGAUCAUAGUGAAGUUAUAUGAUAUUGUACAUAUAGCAGACAAGAACAAACGGGUAGGAGCUCUGCUGAGCUGGGAUACACUCCAGUCCUCAGAAGAUGGUAAGAUAAUAAAAUGUUAUUUGCAGUCAGGAGACCUGCUUCUGUCCUACAGGCAUAUACCUCCUUUUAGUAUCUGCUGCCCUUUAUUUAUAUAUAAAUCUACUUUUUUUCCCUAACAAAACCAAAAGCAAACAAAACUUAGAGAGAAAUGUAGCACUGCAAACGCCCUCUAAAAUAAGUGCUGUAAAUUAGGGAACAACAGGUCAAUUCUACGGUGUGUGUAAGUAUUUCCAUUUCAGAAAGCAGUACCAUCAUUACCAUUACAAUUGUGUGAUUUAACGACACUGCUGCUGUUUGAAUGAGAUAUGUUUCAGCUACCCUUUUUAUUUGUUUUUUAACUGUACAGCAGGAAUGAACUAUUUACUCCUAAAUUCAGGUUAUUUUCUUCUUGGUGUCUGUGAUUUGUGCUAGUGUGAUGAAAAAACAGAAAUAUUUGAGAAGACUAAUGUCUUGCCUGCACGGCUUUCUAAGAUGGAUGUGGGUACACACUUGCAUGGGAGAAAUCUUUCUGUUUACAUUUAGGAAAUACAUUUUUAAGGUAAAGCUAUUUGAAUGAAAUUUCACAUUAGUUGCUCAGACAGAAGGAAAACAGAUGUGAAAACCAAGUACAGUAUCAAUAGUGUUGUGGGGUAUGUUUAGAGCAAUCAUUCAUUUUGUGUAGAGAAGAGAAAGUAAAUAUAAUGGAGAGACUGUAGGCUUUUAAAGAUUUAUAAUGUAAAAGUUACAUUUGAAUAACCUUACUCUGAAUGAAAUUCUGUAUUUAGCAGUGAAAGGGAAACAUUAGGAGGAAAAAUUAAUCUUUACAAAAGAGCUGACUACAGUCUUUGUAAACACCGAUGUGUCAUGAUUGUAUAUUUAUUGCCUGACAAUAUGAUGGGAGAGUUUAA